ACGGUGACCCGCGCCUACCUCGACCAGAGGCUCGCCGCCGCCAAGCGCUGCUCCAAAGAAGCUACCAUGGCGGGAGCCAAGGCCGCGGCCGUCGCCACCGUCGCUGCCGCAGUCCCCACACUGGCGAGCGUGAGGAUGCUGCCGUGGGCCAAGGCGCACCUGAACCCCACCGGGCAGGCCCUCAUCAUCUCCACUGUCGCUGGGAUGGCCUACUUCAUCGUCGCCGACAAGACCAUCCUCUCCAUGGCCAUGGCCAGGAGGCACUCCUUCGAGGACGCGCCGGAGCACCUCAAGAACACCUCCUUCCACUAGUUAGAUCCAUUAUUAGUAAUGCCCAAUGAACCGUGUAUGCCAAAGUGCAUAGCGUACAGUGAUCAGCAAAGGGAGGUCAUAAUAUAAUUUUCAUCAUGCAAGUAGCCAUGUACAGCAUCUUUUGAGCUAGCAAUACUGAAAGAUGUACCAGCAUUUGUUAACCAAUAUUUUCCAGCUA